AUGCCCUUUUCGAAGGAAACCGAUUCCUCGCACCCGACUAUCAUUCGCGAGGCCGAAAAAUCUCUAGCUCCUCAAGCUGACGAUAAGGCCGUCACUACUCCGGCGGCUAACGAAAAUCCCGAGCACUCGGCGGUCCAGAAUAACGAGCGAAACGGAGAUGUCCCAGUCAGACAUUCAGAGUUUGUACCUACAUCAGUAGAAAGCUCGGAGGCUAGUGAAGGCGGAAAGGAAGCUUGGAUGACAAUCUGCGGAUGGUCAGAACUUACCUUCAACCCUUUGGAAUCAUCUACUAAAUGCUCUCAAACUGAUAGUUGGAUCCUCCAGUUUUGUACCGUUGGGUGA